CGUCGGGGAGCGCCUUCUCUCCGGUGCCGGCGGAUCGCCCAGCGCGGGCUUGGCCCAGCCCUCCCUCCCUUCAGCGCCGAGCGGUCGUGAGGCCCUAGUCUCGUCUUGAGAGCGACCCUUCUGUCGUGGGUGCCUGGAGGUUGUGGCGCGGGCUGCGGAAGCGCUGAGAGCCGGUCCUGCCGUGGGAGCGAUGGCCGCAGGGAAGCACCCGGCCGUGCUGGACUCCGGGAGUCCGCGCAAGCCGUGGCGACUGCCCGCCGACGGACACCCCGCAGCGGGCUGCUACCUGAGGUGAGCGACGCGGAGCUGCCGGCGGGAGCGGCGCUGAGUCUGCAGUCCUCGCCGUGCUCUUUGCGUGCGGAGGUAAAUUUUUCCAUAACCUUAUGGAGAAAAAGGACUUUGAAGCAUGGCUUGAUAACAUUUCUAUUGCAUUUCUUUCUCUGACGGACUUGCAGAAAAAUGAAACUCUGGAUCACCUGAUUAGCUUGAGUGGAGCAGUCCAGCUCAGGCACCUCUCCAAUAAUCUAGAGAUUCUACUCAAGAGGGAUUUCCUCAAACUUCUUCCAUUGGAACUUAGUUUUUAUCUGUUAAAAUGGCUUGAUCCGCAGACCUUACUCACAUGUUGCCUCGUCUCUAAGCAGUGGAACAAGGUUAUAAGUGCCUGUACAGAGGUGUGGCAGACUGCGUGUAAGAAUUUGGGUUGGCAGAUAGAUGACUCUGUUCAGGAUCCUCUACAUUGGAAGAAGGUUUACCUAAAAGCUAUUUUAAGGAUGAAGCAACUGAAGGACCACGAAGCCUUUGAGACAUCCUCUUUAAUUGGACACAGUGCCAGAGUAUAUGCACUUUACUAUAAAGAUGGACUUCUGUGUACAGGAUCAGAUGACUUGUCUGCAAAACUGUGGGAUGUAAGCACAGGUCAGUGCAUAUAUGGUAUCCAGACACACACGUGUGCUGCAGUGAAGUUUGAUGAACAGAAGCUUGUAACAGGAUCUUUCGAUAACACAGUAGCCUGUUGGGAAUGGAGCUCUGGGGCAAAGACACAACAUUUCAGAGGACAUACUGGUGCAGUUUUUAGCGUGGAUUACAAUGAUGAACUUGAUAUUCUGGUCAGUGGCUCUGCAGACUUCACUGUGAAAGUGUGGGCCUUAUCAACAGGAACGUGCCUGAAUACCCUUACUGGACACACAGAAUGGGUCACUAAGGUCGUUUUGCAGAAAUGCAAAGUAAAAUCUCUUAUGCAUAGUCCUGGGGAUUAUAUUCUCCUAAGUGCAGAUAAGUAUGAAAUCAAGAUUUGGCCUAUUGGAAGGGAAAUAAACUGCAAAUGCUUAAGAACAUUGUCUGUUUCUGAAGACCGCAGCAUCUCCCUACAGCCCAGGCUGCACUUUGAUGGUAAAUACAUAGUGUGCAGUUCAGCACUAGGAUUAUACCAGUGGGACUUUGCCAGCUAUGAUAUUCUCAGGGUUAUCAGACCUCCAGACUUCUCAAAUGUGUCGUUGCUGGGCUUUGGAGAGAUAUUUGCUCUACUGUUUGACAACAGAUACCUGUACAUAAUGGACUUGAGGACAGAAAAACUGAUAAGCCGCUGGCCUUUACCAGAAUAUAGAAAGUCAAAGAGAGGUUCAAGCUUCUUGGCUGGUGAAAUGUCUUGGUUAAAUGGACUAAAUGGCCAAAAUGAUACGGGCUUGGUUUUUGCCACCAGUAUGCCAGACCAUAGUAUCCAUUUGGUGUUAUGGAAAGAACAUGGCUGAAAAGCUCACACAUACAGAAUCUUCAGGAAUUGAUGGCCUAUCAGCAGUGUGUCCAUAAAACGAGACUUUGCAUGAACCAAAGUUGCACAUCCAAUGGUAUCAUCAUGCAAUGCACAAUCAUUUACUUUUAUGUGGGCAUUUGGGAAUGGGUUGUUUUGGAAAUAAUGCAAUGCAGCAUGCUAACAGUAUUCACCACAAAUUUUUGUCUAUAUUCAUGUUUAAAUAUACCUAUUUGGGCUCUGAAGUAUAGCUUGUAAUGUUUAAACCAUUCAAAUCUACUACCAAGUCUGAAAUCAAGUUGUGCUCGACCUGACUUCUGACCUUUUUUUUUGUUGUUGAAACAGAAGGUGAAGCUACUGUUUUAGAACCAUAGGCUUUUGUACGUCUAACAGCAAAUACUGGUUGCAGUGCAUGGCUGCUUAACAAAAAUGAGAAAACAACAAACCCUCUCUCUCUCCAGAAUCUUUGUCUUCAAAAUGUUUUUCCAUAUGAUAGCUUUAAAUACUUAGCCUUUGACACAGAAGAAUCAAACAAGUCCUUUAACAAAUAUUUUUCCACAUUUUUGUGCUAUUUGACAUGUCGUUAAAAGUUGUAUCUACAUCACAUGCUUUAGAAAUGCUUUAGGUUGACCUACCUUCCUUCCUGCCUUCCCUCCCUCCCUCCCUCCCGCCUUAAUGUCAUUUGUUUUUUACACAACUUGAAAACAUGGGUUUUCAUGAAAAUUGGUUCAUGCCCUUGAAAAGACAAAAUUGUCUAGCAUUACUAGUGUGAUUUUUUUCUUCCCAUUAUUCAAGGAGACCUGAUUUCAUACUUAAUACUGAAUGAAGGCCACAAUUCCCAAAUGUAUGUGGUAUUAAUUACACCAGUGAAGGAGAGUUCUCAUAUGCAAGAAUUAGGAUUUGAGGAUGCCAUAGGAGUUGCUUAAAGUCACAGUGGAACAAUCUCUUAAAUACAAAGCCAGACUCUUAAGCAUUCAGUUUUUCCACCUUUACUCACAUCAAUUUACGUUGAAAAAUGUUGUCUGUACUCAAGGAUUUUAUCAAGCAGAAGCCAAAUUCACAACUCUCCAAACUGCAUUGUGUGGGGCAUAAAUGAUGAGCUCACAAAAGUGAGCUUUUGUUGUCUCACUCCUAAGUGAAGAAAGCCUCCGUGAAAAAGAAUGUUUUCAGUAACUUAACUUCAAUAAUUUAUCUUGAAACCCAGUUCUCAUCAUUCUUAUUGUGGGAGUAACAUUACAGUAUCAUUAUGAUGUAUGCUUCUGAAGGAACCACCUAUACAGCACUGCAUACUUUGAAAGACUGAGGCAUGCCAGAAAUGUCCUUGUUUCCAAGUCAGCAAAUCAGAAAAACUUGGUUAACUACUUCUUUUAGUGACCUUGAUUAUACAGAGUCCACAGAGAGGUGGAGUGCAAGAUGGCUGAGAAACAGACCUAAGCUGAGCCCUCCAGAUGGGAAAAUGGUGGGCAUGGGAUGGGGAGGCACUACUACUGUCUCCAGCUAACUAGUAAAUGAUAAAGAAAACAGUGUCGGACUGAUUUUGGCAUCUUGCAGCAAGACAAUGGUCAAUGGUUCUUGUGACAAGAGAAAUUCUCCACAGUGAGUUUAUUUUAAGACUGAAACAGGUUGCUCAGCCUUCCUAGACAAUGCCAGGGAGUUGGACUUGCAGAUGCCCCUUCUAAACAAUGAGUCUGAAAUUUUACAUGGACCUGUUGCCACACAAGGUUGUAUGACUGAUAGCAGCAGGUAUCUCAUAUCCUAACACAGCUGCCAGUUUGUUGAUAAAGACUGGGAGAUGCUACCAGUCACUGUGCAUCGAAGUAAAAGUUACCUUUGGACAUUGCUAAUGAUACUAUUCCACUAAUAACUGAGCUCUUUAAGGGCACACGUAUGUGCCACUACCAAGUAGAUAAAGGAACGACAGCAUGAAACUAAUGUAGAAAUUUUAAAAAGCAUACUUGCUCUCACACACUUCUGUCUGACACCAGUGUCAGGCUAUUGCUGCCUUCAAAUGUACCUUCAGUAGGAAGGUAUGAGUAUAUUGCCACAACACAUGCAAUGCAUGUAGUUCUGGGGGCUUGUCAAACUGAAACUGAAACUGUGAAACAGAAGUGAGCAAAUGGCUCUUCUGUUUGCUUUGGUUUCCACCUAGCCCUUCAGCAAAAGUCACUACUUAGCACUAUUUCCAGACAGAGGCUGGAAAAAAUGCAGCUUCUAUACCCUCACACCUACUAAGGAAGCAAUAUAAAUCAACUUACCUAUCACAUAAAGGACUAAAAUCCAACUUGUGUCUAAAUUUCAUAACAUUUUCUAAUGAGGCUUCAAGAUGCCAGAAAAAAAAAAAACAAACCAACAAAA